CGCAGUCAUUUUCCUUACACUAUUUUUCUUCUUCUUCCUUUUUUCUGUUUGCAAAACCCUAGCUUCCCAAACUUUCCUCCAUUUCUUCUGAGUCUUGAGUUUCAGACUCUCAGACCAACUUACCAUAACCAUGUCUCUCAUAUCUCGUCUCCGUCAAGCUUCCUUUUCCCUCCGCCGGUUUUCUACUGUGUUAUCUCCAGACUCGAGCAAAACACUCUCCGCAAAAGAAAAAACUAGGGCGGCUCUAAACCUCAUCAAGUUCGAGAAGAACCCUAGUCGGAUCGUAGAGAUUUGUAAGGCUGCAUCGCUAACACCCGAGGCCCCACUCGACCGGAUCACUCUCUCAGUCGCCAUAACCAAGCUCUCGGAAUCGAAUCACUUUGAGAUCAUCCGCGAGUUCCUCGACGACCUCAAGUCCCGUCCCGACCUCAAAACUGAGCGAUUUAUUUCACACGCUAUGGUUCUGUAUGGUCAGGCCAAGAUGAUCGAUCAGGCUAUUCAAACAUUCAAGCAAUGCAAUGAACUUGGCGUUGUUCCUUCAGUUAGGAUUUUGAACUCUUUGAUUUUCGCUUGCAUUCUCGCCAAGGAUUACAAAGAGGUUAGUCGCGUUUUCGUCGAGUUCCCGAAGGCUUACGGGAUCGUACCGAAUCUGGAUACUUACAACAGGGUGAUCCAGGCGUUUUCUGAGUCGGGUUCGACUAGCUCGGCGUACUCGAUAUUGGCGGAGAUGGAUAGGAAGGGUGUGAAGCCGGAUGCGACUACUUUUGGGUGCUUGUUAUCUGGGUUUUACUCUGAAGAACGGUUUGAGGAAGUGGGGAAAGUCUUGACAUUGAUGGAGAAGUAUGGAUUACGUUUAGGGGUGAGUACUUACAACAUUAGGAUCCAUAGUUUGUGUAAAUUGAAGAAAGUGGAUGAGGCCAAAGCUUUGUUGGAUGGUAUGGUAUCAAGGGGAAUCAAGCCUAAUUCAGUCACUUAUAGCCAUUUGAUUCAUGGGUUUUGCAAAGCAGGGAAAUUAGUUGAAGCCAAAAGUUUGUUUAGGGAGAUGACUUUCAAAGGUUGCCAACCUGAUAGUAACUGCUAUUUCACACUGGUUUAUUUCAUGUGUCAAGGCAAGGACUUUGAUAAUGCAUUGGAGAUUUCGAAGGAGAGUAUUGCUAAGAAAUGGGUUCCUAAUUUCACGACUAUGAAGUCACUCGUGGAUGGACUUGUGAGUGUUUCGAAAGUAGCAGAGGCAAAGGAGCUUAUUUCCCAAAUCAAGGAAAAUGUUAGAGUGAAAGUAGAUUUGUGGGAUGAAAUAGAAGCUGGCUUGCCUCAAUGAAGAUGAAGAAGAUAUUGUGUUUACAUGUAAUUCGUCUUAUUAGUUUUGGCGAAACCAUGAAAGUUGCAAUUUUGAGGAGAGGGAUGCUCUUAUGAAACAAGAGAAACACAUUCAUGGUUAGAUUAGAUUUGGUAGAAUGAGUUGUGCAUGAACAUUUGCUUACCAUCAAUGAGAAGAUAUUUUCUGUUUUUAUUUCUCCUAAAAGAGAGGAAUUUGUGUAUUUUGCAGUGAGUUCUUUAUAUUUCGCCUGGUGAAAAUAAAUGAAUCAUGCAAUGAAAAUUGAGAAGAGGGAUUCAGAAUGUUCUUUUGCUAUGAAUCAUGCAAUGAAAACUGAAUAAGAUCAUUUAUUUAUUUUAUUCAA